ACCUCCUUAGCAACGCACGCGAGCGCGCGCAUGAAUCGGUUAAUGGGCCCUUAAACAACAGAGAAUGAAACGAGAUUACGAAAGUCAACGAUCUUUAUUCUAUAAUCUUGUAUCUUCUUUAGAAAUACUUAAGCUUUAGUUGUAGAUCGUGAUGAAAGAUAAGGCCUUGUUUAUGCAACUGUUUCUCAAGUAUAAUUGGACAGUCUCUUGUUACAGUAGUCGGCGUACUAAACGUGGUACCUUUGUGCAUAGAAGUAUUUUUGUUCCGUGUGGAUACUAAAUUCGUCAUGCCUGCCGUGCCAAACCUUUUCUAGCUCUUAGAACCCGAGUUUUCAGGUCUCAGCGCUAAUGAUGGAAAUGACAAAGGGGUUUUCAGAGGGAAGCACAGAGUUAAAUUGCUUUCGAUAACUUGUUUCUAAGAUUAAUAUUCCUCUUAUCUCAGCCUUCGGUUUUGCAUUUGUUGUAACUAUAGUCACUAUCACUUUCGUACAGAGUGGUUUUUAAUAGGCCAAUUUCGAUAUAUCAAAAUUCUAACUUGGCUACGAGGCAUCGGGGAACAAAAAACGGAAAUAAGUUAUUCAUCCCUCAACUUCAAUGCCAUUCCUUUAUUUAAUUCAAUUCCCACAAGCCUCGGAGCCAAUUUAGAAUUUUGAUAUAUCGAAAAUGGCCUCAGAUUGACCUCACGGCAGUUGGAUAUCCCAAAAGUGAAAUUUCUUUCCUUUGAGAAAUAAGUUCUUUUCUUAUCCAAAAAUUUCUUUUUGUUGUGAACACCAUAAUGGCCGACGUGAAAACGGUCCAUUGUUUAAUCGGGUUAAUAGGUUAUGCUCUUAGUUUCUUCUCAUUCCAACUGAGGAGCGUGUAGCCUACAGAUAUGUAAAAUUAUUUCCUAGAAGUCAUCAACAUCAUAUAUUUCAGACCAGCAGUCACCACAAUUUGAAUGAUGUCACGCUGAAGGGAGCAACAGAUUUGACGCUUUACAUGGUAUAAGUCAUACUCCCUCCAUACUAACAAUUUUCAAAUCGGCUUAGGAAUGUUUCGCCAAGCUAGUACCCCUUUAGUUAACGAUUUCGUUUCAAAUUAAAAGGAGAAGAUGAUCGUAAAUAAGCACAGGGAUAAAACGCCUAUACAAAAUGAUGCAGGGAAUUAUACUACCUGCCCGCUGCGUUAAACUGACUGAUAUCUUUCUUGUUUAAUCAAUGACUGAAAACCGUCUUGGGCGAGAAACUCCAAUCAUGAAACGAAUAACUUGUCUGAUAUACGGCCAAAUAUGGAUUUAGUGAAGGACGAGCAACAGAUCUUAAAUUAAUCAAUCCAUUCUCUUUUCCCGUCAGUAACAACAGGAAACUCCGACGGAUGACUCGUUUUCGAUGGAAAAUCCGCUAUGAAUUCACACAGGCUAGAACUUGAAAUACGACGAGUGUUUGUGAGAAAGAAUGAUGAAGUAUUUAUGUCAGUUAAGAUGGAAUUCACAGUGAGACGAGAUCCUGACUUCUAAAAAUUCGGUUAACGCACCUUGAAUAAAUCAAUUGGAUGGCUCCAGGAAUUGCAUCAUUAAUGGUUACAUAAUUUUGUGGAACAACUCACAAACCUUUUGGGAAAAACAAACUUCAUUGAAGCAUCUCUAUUUUACUGAGUUUUUUACCUUUUGCAAUGAGUUAAGUCCUGGAGAGGAACUCAACUGAAAUAUGCAGCAGCUUCCAUAGUUAAUUAUGCACCUCUUACAAACUCCAAGUGUUGGUUCCCCCCCAGCGCAUAGAUGUUUUUUUUAUUAUUAUUAUUUCUCUCGGUAAUAUAAAGAAUUUAACUUGAAUUCAUGUAACUUAAGUCCGUCCAAGUCAUAAAAUGUGGUCGAAGAUCGCAGCACUCAGCUUUGAGUGCCCGUAGAGAGCUGAACAGACCAGAUCGUCACACUACGUAAAUAUAAGUAUAACAGAUCCUCGACAAUUUUCAAUAUUUACUCGUUCCGCACGAAAUAGCUUAGUAUACAAAAGUACAGGAAGUCGGUGAUUCUCUACAACUAAGGAACGAUAAUAUUGGUCCAUGCUUGACAAACACCUGCGUUAACUUAUUCGCAACAAUUUCAGAAACAUUGUAACGCUUUUUAAUAAGAGUCACAUAUAAUCCAGUAUGAAUUGCGAGCUGUCUCUUACAACCCUACCCCGAGAGCUUGCUCGCAGGCUUCUCUGGUAACUCCACGCUGAAGGAGCCCCCAGCGGUUAUUCCAAUAUUAACCUGGAGGGCAGAUUUUGGAUUACAAAAGACGUGUGAAUACCAGGGACAAUAUUAUUAUAUUCUGCACAAAAACCUUGAGUAUCCUUUAGCACUUUUUUCACUAAAAAUGACACGACAUUUCUUUGGACUAGUUGUUCAGUUCAGGGUCAUAUGCGCGUAUUUUAGACACAGGCGAACCAUUGUUUGACGUGUCUUUCAUUAAUUAUGCCUUUUCUCUGCCUCGUUGUUCACUCUUAUUAAAAGUGCUCGUUAUACCCCGCGGUUGUAGAUCGGCCCUGCCAAGCUGUAGAACAGCAGUAAGCUGCCUGUCCAUUGCAAACUUCCCAUCGCUAUAGUUUGAACUAUCUUGACUUUCUCAGAGCAAGUUACAAUCGUGCACGACAUGUAUACUGCGGAUAGUAGUGGUACUCCGCAACAGGACUUGUUCUUCUUGCACGCUGAAUUGAAAUAUCCACAGAAACUCCCGGAGAUAGUGAAAUUUCUCGUCGGGCAUAGCAGUUGCUAUGGUCCUUGUAUACAAGCCUAACUUACUAGAGCAGUAUUCAACCUUUAAUCACUAAGGCAAUCAACGUUUGCCAGGAAAAAAUGUCUUUGGACAGCCACUCAUCUCAAAGCUCGAUAGUUAGAAGCAUCGCGUCAUAUAUAAAAAGGAUACAAGUGCUGUCUAUUUUUGUAUUAAUGCAUAGGUCUGUGUUGCUUCUGCAACAUCGCCCAAGCGCUUUGAGGGUACUGUAGUUCAGUGUUCUCUCUACCGACUGUUUUACCUGCUGACACGAUUUUAGAGCUGAAUUUGCCUUAAUUUUACAAGAACAAGUGAUGGCAGCUCUGUGGUAUUUCUUUAUCAGUAUUCUACAAGUUCUUGCACAACUGUGGCCACAACACAGCAAGGCUUGGCUUAUGGACGGCUUUGUUUGGAUUCUACAUCUCGCGAUUGUCGGUGACUGAUAGAUGGGAAUGGCUGGUAAAACGAAGCUAAAUGAGCAACACCUGGUUAACUUAUCGAGUGAUGCUCGUGCCGUCGUCCGGAAGGAAGAUCAAGUCACAGCUGGAAGUUCUCUUCUAAAUUUUAUGAACUUGGCCUCUGGAAAUGUAAAAACCGCCUUGGAAAAGCCAGCCAAUUUCAAAAGGAACAUUAAUCACCGAAGAUAUCUACAAAAACAGCUGAGGAACUAUUCCAAGCGGAAGAACGACAUAAUCCCCAAGAAACCAAAAGACGUUCUUAAACGUAAAGCUCACACCUCAGCCGGUGACAAACACGGCAUGUCGAGGAAUUCCUCAAAACAAGAAGGGAGUUCCAAAAGAUCUGAACGGACUGCAGAAGCUGUCAACUUUGAGAAACCUUCGCUGCGGGAAAGAAACCUCCCCCCGUCAUUCUGGCAAGAGCCGGUGAUUCAAGACGGCACGGAGACCUACAUGUACUCGUUGUAUCCGGUGCACGCCAGGACCGGGGAAUCGGAAGACCCUUACAACCCCGCUUUCGAAACUUUCUUCGAAGGAUGGAACGAAUGUGUGACACGAGAAAUUCCCGCCGAAGAACUGUCGCAAAGUGGAUCUGUGCCCUCUGUUUCAUCGGAAGAAGCUAUUUGCGACGAUUUCCUGACAGGGGAAGAACUUACGCGAAGUAUUGACAUUAAAGAUCUGUAUGUGCCUGAACUUUAUAUCACGGACAGAAGCCCUCACGAGCCAUCUCAGGGCGAAAGCCUUUAUCUGGCGCCCAUUUCGCCCACACAGUAUGUACUAACUCCUACAUCCUGCGCGGAUCAAGCUUACUUCAAUUUUUCUUUUGAUCACGACGCAUCAGGUUUACCGCCUUUUGCCAUGGCUUUUCUAAGCCCGGGCUCCUUAACACCCUAUUAGUUUUAUACUCGUGUUCACUAUUACUACUUAAGCUACUAAAGACAAGUUCUAUAAAGGAAAUAAGACCAGUUUAGUUCACCCUAGACAAAGACGAGAGCGAUGUUUUGAAGCUGUAAAGAUUUUUUAAAUUCAUCAUGCAGCUUCCCUUUGAAUUUUGCUCUGUAAAAGGUGAUUACUAGAAGGAAAGGUAUUAGUUCAAACCCAAUAACUGUACCUUAGAACGCAGAAUUGAACAAUUUUUAAGAGACUUGCACAAAAAGUGACAUUUGAAUGAGAAUUGAAAUUAGCUGAGUUGAAAAGCCGGGGAAAAUAUGCUGUAUGGAAAUUAAUGUCAUCCACGUACACUCUGUGUUAUAAAAUUUCAGAGCAACAAUAAAUGACUCUGUAAAAACACUAA